AUGGCCGUCGAUGCACCUUCAUUCCACCGCCAAACCAGACUGUCGCUUCUCUUCGCCCACGAGCGAGUCCGCCACCAGGUCAAGAUGCUGUUCUCAACACGCUCCAGUCUGCGCCUUUUUACGGCACGAUCGUCACGCUUCAUUCCCCGUGCCAAUUACACCGCAACCGUCCCCCGGCUCUCCGAGCGGUCCGAAAAUGCCAUCCCGACCAACGACCCCAACCCGCAGAAGAAAGUAACAAGCAUAUCGGAGACCAACACGGUGCCCUUGGACUCUAUGGGCGGGCAAGAUGCUAAACUGCAGGAGUCCGUGGAGCAGGCCAGCGCGGAGGUGCAGAUGCAGGCGCCGAAUCGAGCGACAACGUGGGCACGAAGCCAGCAGCCGAGGGAGGUGGCUAUGUCUGGACCUAGAUUUGAACAGACAAUAAUGGACUACCAGCCACGCCCGUAUGCCGCCAUUGAGUUGAUCCACAAGCAACCCGUGAGGUGGACAAAGGAGAGAAUCGUCUCAUGCGACGGUGGCGGUGGGCCUUUGGGUCAUCCUAGGAUCUUCAUCAACACCGAUAAACCCGAGAUCGCAGCCUGCGGAUACUGUGGACUUCCCUUUGCUCAUGAACACAACCGCAAAUUCCUGGAAUCUCUCCCUCAGACGUCGUAUCCACUGGAACCGCUCGGGGACGCGGCGGAGGUGCCCGAAUCUCAACGAAUUACAGAAGGAGGCUACGAGCAGCGAUAG